AUGGCCUCCUCCCCAGUCCCCUCCUCCCCCAAGAUCCAAAUCAUCACCCCCAACACACCCUCCCAAACACCCCUCCACCCAACAACCAUCUUCCUCGCAGGCCCCACCGAGUUUCCCUGGCGCCAAGACUUUCUCGCCCACCUCAAGUCCCGCCUCCUCGACCACGACGACCUCCCUCCCGACCCCAUCACCAUCUACAACCCCUUCCAGGAGAAGUGGGACAAGACCUGGAAGGAGGACUACCACCACGACGACCGUUUUCGCGCCCAGACCGACUGGGAGAUGGACCGCAUCGACUCCUCGUCCCAUGUCGUGGUGUUCUUUGUCGCAGAGAGCAAGGCCCCCGUGAGCCUGCUCGAGCUGGGGCUGUGCGUGCGCUCCGGGAGGGCGGUGGUCGGGUGCGAGGGCGGGUUCUGGAAGAGGGGGAAUGUGCAGGCUGCGUGUCAGAGGUUGGACGUGCCGCUGGAGGACACACUGGAGGGUUUAGUAGGUCGUGUGGUGGAAAUAUUAAAGAAGAAGAAGAAGAAGAAGAAGGAGAAGAACUAG